AUGCGGAUAUCAAUAAUAGGAUGUCUGGCGCCGCUCGCCGUCCUGCUCAUCAGCGGGUGCGACGCGAGACUUCGCUGGAAAUGCGAGCUGUUCGACACGAGCGCCGAGAAUAUCACGAAGCGCACGACGUUUAUUGAUCAUCUGCCAGAUCAAAAUGUGAGACCGACAAGGUCGGCAGUUCCGAAAUGUCGAGUGAGACCUAGGAAUGAGAUUGAGCCGAGAGAAAAGGGAAGUGGCUCAAUUACCAGGAAAUUAGCCUUGCCCAGUAAUGUGAAGCCUAAGAAGAAACCUGACUUCCCGGUAACAAUGAAACGCGAUUCGAAAGUUCGGUAUGAGCGAAAACCGAAAGAAGGUCCGAAUGGGUUGAUCGUGGGUCCUGGGUAUAAUAGUAGCGAUGAAAAACGAGGACCAUCAGCGCCAAAGAAACCAAUGAGAGGAAUGCCUUCGAAGCUUUUAUCGGCGAAUGAACUAUCGACGCCUCCUUCGAAACGAUUAGACGCCAAUAUGAUGCCGGACUUUGAUCUUGACGAUAACGAUGAUGAGAAGGAUGAUAAGAAUCUUCCGUGGUGCGACGAGGUGUUUGACUGCGAGCAUGACGACUUCAAGAAAUUCGACACUGAAAUUCUAGACGAGUUUUAUAGAGUUUGCAAAGAGAAAUUGAUUCCCAAAAAGGUUGAUAUGAUCGAAAAGAUCCUUAAGAUCACCUCGACUCGAACAACAACACCUCCAACCGAUUCGACCCGAGCAAUGCCACCGACAUCAAAGAAGCCCUAUGAUUGUCUCAACGCCAAGAAAGGAAAGAUGAGCGCUGCGGAUAAGAAACUGUACGAGAAAUACUGUAGCUAUCAAACGCUGGACAUCGAAAUCACUGAAAAAUGCGUCGAGAUGUUGGACCAUAAUGAAUCGAGUAGGCGGUUCACCGAGAAAUGUUGCGAACCACUCGCGUCCACAAUCCACAAAAUGAAUUCUAAUCGCAAGAAGAAAUUCGACAACAUUUGCCAUCCGAACACUCACACUUCCGUCACAAAGAAGGUGUUGAUUUACAAGGGAAAAAAUUGUGCUGAUGUCGACUACAAGAGUCUGAGCAAGAAGGAGAAGAAGGCCUACAGGAAGGAUUGUCAGAAGGGAACCGAUGGUGACGGAAUGGACGUCGACACCACAACGCCGCCAAUGGAGCCGAAUCCCGAAAUGGUGACACCGCGAACGGACAAGGAGCGAAUUUCGCCGAUGACGCACAAAGCUGACUGUUUGCAUCGGCAGAAGAGCACCGAGAAGAUGAGCGACGCAGAGUAUAAGAAGUUCUUGAUCGAAUGCGCAGAUGUCGACGUGGAUCUGGAUGGAAUAACGUCGCGAAGAACACCAACGACGACACCAUCGAGCUCGGUCACCAAAAACAUGCCAGGACACUCACCGGAUUGCUCGAAACAAAAGGACUUGGAGAAGAUGUCAGACAGAGAGAGGAAGAAGUACUUGGAGAAGUGCCCUCAUGUCGGCAAGUCUGUUCACAAAAUGAGCAACAACAAUGAAUAUUGCGAGAGUGUUGUGUAUGAAUUGAUGACUACUCGCGAAUUUGUCGAGUUUCGCAAAAUGUGUCUGGUGACAAUCGUGGAUCCCAAGAAUCCUAUCAAGAAGCUGCUCAUGAGAAAGACUAGCCACUGUUUGGAAGCAGUGAAAAUCGAAAUGGACGAUUCUGAGUACAAGAAGUUCAUCAGGAUGUGCAUUGUUAAAGAACCGAAGCCGACCGCAACCACAAUCAAACUAAUCAAGAUCAAGAAGGAAGUCGACUGCGAGGAUCAGGAUUAUACAACGAUGACUCGGAAGCAGUACAGAAAGUUUGAGGAGAAGUGUUUGGAGGAAGUUGUUGAGGACUGCGAUUCUGUUGAUGUUGACUCAUUGACGAACGCCGAGUACAAGCUUUACCAACGGCAUUGUCUGGACGAGGAAGAGAUUGAGGAGAUCGAAGAUUGCAAUAAGGUCACAGAUGCAAUGACAAUCGAGGAGUUUGAAAAGUAUAAGAAGAACUGUGUUCAUCGCACGGUUGUGAUCGAGAAAAAAGAUUGUUCGACGAAGGAUUUGAGAUUCAUGAAUCAGCGAGAAUACAGAGCAUAUGAGAGACAAUGUGGAAAACCGCGAGAUUUUUGCAAAAUGAGAAAAGCUUAUUACAAGGAUAUGAAUAAGGCUGAAAGGAAGGCAUUUAAGAGGAAUUGCGAGAAAGAAUAUUGCGAAGUUGUCGACGUUUCUAAGCUUUCGAAAAUUGAGAAAGAGGAAUUCAUUCGAAAUUGUGAUAAGAAGCAUAUCAGAACAAUUGAGAAAACAUCGAUAUGCGAGAAUGUUCAGAUUGACGAACUCACACAGGAUGAGAUGGUCCAAUACAAGAGGCAUUGCAAACCGGAAAAACAGAUAAUUCUUGUCAAAUCCACAAAAACGUAUCCGAACGGAACGAAGGUGACCGAACGACGAGUGAAGGUGUUGAAUCCGGAUGGAAAAAUUGAGAAUGGAUGUGAUGAAAAUAUGCGAAACAAAAUGAGCAGAAAAGCGUAUCAAAAAUAUAUGGAAGAGUGCCAUUCGCCGAAAAGCGUAUUGGAUUGUGACAAAAUCGAAACGAAAGGAUUGUCGGCGGAAGAAGCUGAAAGGCGAAUCAAAUUGUGCAAAGAUGACGCUAAGCUCACCACGAAGACAUUGAAACCUAGAGAGAAGGAGAUUGUGGAGAAGAAGAUUGAGAAGUCGUAUUGCGAAAAGGUCGACGUGAGCAGUCUUUCCGUGAAAGAGAAGAAGGAAUAUAUCAAGGAAUGUGUCGAGAAAAAGAAGAAACAAACGAUUGUGUUGAAGAAUGGAGAAAAGAAGACGUGCGCGACAGUCGACGUCGACGAACUUGACGGAGAUGAGCUUAAAUGGUACAAUAGGGAAUGUGUGCCACGGACUGUAUCGAAAAAUGUCACCAAGGUGAUUGGUGUAAAGAAGACGAAGAAGAACCAUGGAUUCGAUUGCACCAAUGUAAAUGUUGAUGAUCUGAGUGCCGAAGAGCUUCAACGAUACCAGAGAGAAUGCACACACCUUAUAAAGAAGACUGUCGAGAAGCACACGAUCGAACAUCCGUUCGAUUGCGAAGAUGUCGAUGUUGAUUCGUUGAGUAGGAAAGAGUACAAGAGAUAUUUGAAGGAAUGCUCGACAAGCGACAAAAAAUGCUCAGAAGUCGAUGUAGAAGAUCUGAAUGCGGAAGAGCUUGAUGAAUACAGACGGGUUUGCGAAGGAAAGGAAAGGAUUAUUGUGGUAAAAUCGUCGAAGAAUCGUCCAGAUGGCACCAAAAUUGUUAUCAAAGAAGUCAAGGCAAUCACGCCGAGAGGAAAAACAAAGAGAAUCUUUGUUUGCGGUAGAACCGACUUGGACAGUUUGUCUCAGCAAGAAUAUAGACGAUACAUGAAGAAGUGCAUAUCUGAGAAGAACGUUAUCGACUGUGACGAGCUGCAUAAGAAGAAUGAAUUGACUCGGAAGCAGAUGAAGCAUUACAUGGAUCACUGCGGAAUUACGAACAAGCCGAGAACGAAGAGCAAGAAGAAGUUCACAUGCGAACGGGUAGAUGUUGCUAAUCUGAAAGGAGAAGAUGCGAUUUUAUAUCAGAAGAUUUGUCAGCACGUCAAUGGGAACGAGAUUGUGCUGGUCAAGACGUCGGCGACUCUUCCGAACGGCACUCAAGUCACCGUGAAAGGUGUCAAGAUCAUCCCGCCGACAGAAAAGCUAUUCGUCAUCGAUGGAUGUGAUGAGUCGAAGACGAAGAACAUGACGAAUGAAGAAUAUGGACGGUAUCUGAAGGAGUGCACGAAGAAGUCCAUUGUUGUAACCUGUGACAACUAUGAGAAGCUGAAUCUCCCUGAGAAAGACAUUCAAAAGUUUGUGAUGAAGUGCAAACAGAGCUACAGUGUUAAUCAGAAGAUUGUGAAUCCUCGAGGAAAGACGCUGCAGAAGGUCGACGUCAUGUCUCCGAAGAAGCCAUUUGAUUGUCAUACGAAUGUCAGUGAGUUAACGGAGGAGCAGGCGAUUGAAUACAGGAAGAUCUGUGAAGACUCAGAAGGAAAGAAGGUUGUGCUUGUGAAGAAGUCGAAGAAGCAUCCGAAUGGAACCGAGUACACCGAGAAGAGUGUCAAGGUGGUUCCACCUCCGGAAAAACCAUUCGUCGUGAAUGGAUGCGAUGCGAGGAAAAAGGAGGAUAUGAGCGAGGAAGACUAUGCGAAAUACAUCGAGGAAUGCACAAAGAAGACACGAAUUGUCACAUGCGGAAAUUAUAAGGAGAUCGAUCUUUCUGAUGAAGAUAGGGAGAAAUUCAGUGAGAAAUGCAAAAAACGAAUGACAAUUGAUCAGAAGAUUGUUAGUCCGAAGGAGAAGACACUGAAGAAUGUUGAUGUGAAGCAUCCGGACAAAUUUGAUUGUCAUACUGAUGUGAACGAAUUGACCGAAGAACAAGCCAUCGAAUAUCGAAAAAUUUGUACAAACACUGAAGGAAAGGAAGUUCAUUUGGUGAAAAAUGUGAAGAAGCUGCCGAAUGGUACAGAAGUGGUUGCCAAGAGAGUGAAGAUAAAGCCGCCAAAGGAGAAGCCGUUCGUUGUGAAUGGAUGUGAUGAAUCGAAGAUGAAGGAAAUGGAUAAGGAAGAAUAUGAAAAGUACAUUGAGGAAUGCACGAAGAGAACCACAAUCGUCACAUGCGACAAUUAUGAGAGUUUGAAGCUUCCAGAAGAGCAGAUUCUCAAAUUUAUUGCCAAAUGCAAGAAGCAUCUCACCGUGGAUAAGAAGAUUGUAAGUCCUAGAGAGAAAACGGUAGAGAAGGUUGACGUCAUACAUCCGUCGAAGGGUUCCGAUUGUGAUGCUGACGUCACGGAAUUAACGACAAAAGAGCAGUAUGAGAAAUACUUGCUGGAAUGUGUGAAUGAUAGCGAUUCAGUGGACUGCGAUAUGAUUGAUCCGCGAGGACUCAGCAGAAAGGCUAUGAAAGUAUACCGAAAGAAAUGCGCUGGAACGCCGAUAAACAGAGGCGACAAGAAGAUCAUUCUUGUGAAGACACUGAUUAUCCAUCCGAACAAUGUGACAGAAAUCAGGAAGCAGGUGAAGAUUAUCAAUCCUGGAGAGCCACCGAGAGUAAUUGACUGUCACGAUAAUCCGACGGGAUUGGAUGAGUUUGAGUACGAGCAAUUUGAGCUGCAAUGCCAUGGAAAGAAAACGGUGCUCAAAGGUGGAAAGGUGACUGUGGUUAAGAAGGUGGCCCCCGGAAAGACGGUGCUCACGCAAUCGCAGGUUCUGGUGAAUAACAAAUUUGAUUGCUACAACGUGAAUCCCGAGGAUCUCGACGAGGAUCAAUUCGAAUUGAUGAAAAAGCAGUGUAUCAAUAAGACCGCAAAGAUUGGAAGAAAAUCGUACAAUUGCGAAGUUGACAUCUCGCAACUAUCUGAUUCGGAGUAUGCUGAAUACCAGAGGCACUGCGUCAGAACCCGAAAGUGCUCAUCGGUUGAUGUCGACGCAUUGACCGCCGCAGAAUAUAAAGAUUACCUUCGUGAAUGCGGCGAAGUCCAUCAUCCAGCGCAUAUCACAACAACGCCGAGAACAUUCACGACAAAGAUCAUCAUGAUCAAAGACAGUUGCGAGAAUGUUGAUAUUAAUACAAUGACGAAGAAGGAGUAUGUGGAUUAUAAAAAUAAAUGCCUAAAACCUGGAAAAAGGAAAUCAGGAGCCAAAGUGAUUUCGAUUAAAAAGGUGGUGAUAUUGAAGAAGGGAGGAUGCGAUUUGAACACGGAUUCGAUGACCCAAAAAGAGUAUGAUGAUUAUAUCAAAAAAUGUGGAGCUACUGAGAAGACGACUCUUGUCAAAACUGUGAAAAUCAACAGUCCUAGAAUUGAAAAGCUCAAGCUUCUCACAAAAACUUCUUUCCCUGAUGAAGAUACGGAAGAAGUUGAAGAUCAGCUAGGAGUCAAGGUUAUCACAAAGGUAGUGAAGCUUAAGAAUCGAGUGAGACCUGAUGGCGAUGGAGACAAUGAACAUGGAAAGAUAAUUGUGAUGAAGAAGGUGUUGAAAAUUCCCAGAAGAGUGCGACCCACCGAUGGAGUAGAUGAAGUCGACGAAGGAGGACGAAUUGUUGUUCAUAAGAAGUUGAUCAAGAUAAUGAAGGAAGUACCGAAGGACUCGGAUGAGGUUGAGGAGAUCGAAACACGACCAAAGAAGGAAGUGGUUAUACUGAAAGUGCACAAGAAACCGAUACUCAAGAUUAAUCCGGACACCGGCGAAAUCAUCGAGGAUAAGGGAAAUGAAAUCAUCAAAGUGGUCAAGCUUCGACAAACUCCAGAAGACCGAUGGAAGAAGGUGAUCCUUCGGAAGGUGAUGAAACUCAACAUUCCGCACAAGAAUUACAACGACUAUUAUGAUGAAGAUCAAGACUUGAUUGUCAAGAAGAAGGUUCAUCGAAAGAUUGUUCGAGUAAGGAAAUUGAAAUCGACAACGACAACGACAACCACUCCAGCUCCUCCAGAAUACUAUUACGAUGAAAUCGAAGUACCCACGGAAACGAUUGUGGUUUCUGUGAAGUCAAGCAAACGACGGCUGCCGAAGGAAGAAGAACUCGAGCCGGAAGUCGAAGAAGAGAUUGUUGAUGUUCGACAUGAAAAGCCGAAAUCGCCGCGGUAUCAAGGAUAUAUCAAAGUUGAGAAGAAGGUGGUGAAAGUGCCAAUUCGGAAGCCGAAGACAUAUUCUGGAGAUGAUGAGCUUGAAGAAGAUGACGUUAUUCGAAAGAUUGUCAAAUCGAAACGAAAACCGAAACUCAGAGUUCUUGUGACGGCGAAGGAACGAAAAAUUCAUCCGAAGACGAAAUUCAUUGAAGAGGAAACCGACGAUCAAGGGGAUUACGGAAAAACGUAUGUUCGAGUCAAAAAUAUUGGAAGACAAAUGAUCCAUCAACGGAAAAUUAUUGACGAAUCGUCGGGUCCUGAUGAGAAUCUUCAUGUUUCCGUGAGAGCGAUGAAGUUCAGAAUUCAAGAUGACAACGAUAAGGACGAUAGCACAGACUAUGAGGAAACUGAGAACAUUGGAGGAGCUAUUCGAAUCAAGAAGCUCAAGAAUAGAAAUAUUGGAACGACAAAGAUUUUGAAGGUUGUGAAGAAAACGACGACAUCGCCAAGAGACAUCUUCAUUCGGAAGCAUCGGAAUCAGCAACCGGAAGAUUCGGAUAAGGAAAUCAAGCGAUAUUAUGUCAAGGAUAAGAUUGGCAAGAAGGUAUUGGUGAGAACUGAGAAGAAUGGAAAGAUAAUCAAAGAUGUGUUGCGGAAAAAUGCGACAAAACCGGAUGACUAUGAUGAUGAUGUGAAGACGAGAUGGGUGUCGAAGACAAAAGGAUCACCGAUUCGGAAAGGAUCGAUGUUCAGAAUCAAGAAGCAUUACAAGAUUCUUCCGAAUGGCCAACGAGUUCUUGUUAAUAAAAAACGAUACGGAGACGAUGGAAGCAAGAAUGUUGAAGAAGAGGAAGAAGAAGGUGGAAGAGAAAUCAUAAGAACGAGAAGGAGGUAUAAGAUUCUGCCGAACGGUCAGAGGGUUUUGAUUGGAACUACGAGGGAUCGCAAAAAUGAGAACGAUGGAUUGGAUGACCCUCAUCACGGAAAAACAACAGUCAGGCGAUAUGAAGUGCUGAGGAAUGGAAAGAGAGUGUUGAUCGGCGAUGGUGGCGAUAGGACGAACGACGAUGGAAUCGAGAUGAUCAGAAGGAAGACGAAGCGAGUUAUCAGGAAGGAUGGUGGAGAAGAUGAGGAAGACGACGAAUCGGGACGAAAGACGACUCGAGUAAAGAAGCACGACAAUGAUGGGGAUGAAGAGGAAUCGGAAGGAAUGACAAUACGGGUAAAGAAGAUGAAAAAGCACGAGACAAUCGAAGACGAUGAGAUCCAAUCUGGAAGAACGACGAUGCGGCUGAAGAAGAAUCGAGUGGGCGGUGAUGAUGAAACGGAGGAGGAGUCUGGUAGAAUCACGACUAGAAUCAAGAGGAUUCAUAAGAAUGGACGGAAGAGAGGGGAUCUAGAAAGCGAUGGUGAUGAUGAAGAGACGGGUAAAAUUACGACACGAGUAAGAAAAAUCAACGGAAGGAAAUCGAUUGAUGAUCAACCUGCGGAUCAAGAACGGAACCACAUCAAGAAGAUCAUGAGAGGUACAUCGGCAAUGAAGAUUAAUCAUACGACGAGAGAAACUAGUGAAGAUGGCGGAGAAGAAGAGCAGCACGUGAUUCGGACAAAGAAGACUUACAAGAUUCUACCGAAUGGACAGAGGGUCUUGGUUGGAACGAAGACAUUCAAUGAUACGGGAAGCGAAGGACUGAUGGCAGGAACCAGAAGGCAUUACAAGAUUCUGCCGAACGGAAAACGAGUGUUGAUCGGAAUCGAACCAUUGAAUGGAGCGAAGCAGUUCAUUAAGAAGAGGAAGCAAGUUGUCGAGAGUGAGGAUGAAGGGAAGAAUGCGGAAGACAGUGGAAAGAAUUAUCGAGUAAUGCCGGAUGGAAGAAAGGUUCGAUGGUCGACAACUGGUGCGGAUGACGAGAAGCCAGAUGCCGAAGACGGAAUGAAGGCGUUUCUGAGAAUGAAGAAGGGCGGAGGGAAGAAAUACGUGAAGCGAACGAAGAGUCAACACCACGAAGAACAUCACGAUGAUCAUGAAGAGAAGCGGGUUCGGAUGAAGAAUGGAGAACGAACUGAGGUUCGAGAGAAGGAAGAACAUUCAGAUGAGAGUUCCCAUAUGAAGCGAAUGAUUGGCCAAGAUGGAGCUGGUAUUCAACACUAUAGACUAUCUUUAAAGAAACGAGUUCUUGGCGAAAACGGAGCUGACAUUGAGAAUGAGCACGCUUCCCACAAUACCAGACGAUUUGGAGAAGAUGACGAAAAUGGCCGUCGUCGCGCGGGUUCUGGAAGACGUGAUUCUGUCGAUGAAGCAAAUGUUUCGCACUCGAAACGAAUGUUUGGAGAAGACGAAGCCGGAAUUCAACGACAUCAUAAAAGAUCGGUGACCGGUCACAAGAAAAUGGAGAAAGGAGGUUCACGAGAAGGAAGCGACUCGACAGAUCCAGGUGUUGUACACGCGACAAACGGCGAAGAAGACGAGAUUCGCCGCGAGGCCACCGACGACGAAUGA